GGGCAGCGGGGGGUCUGACUGUGUUCUUUCUCCUCUGUCUGUGUGUGAAUGCACAGACGGUCCACUAGUAAUUUGAUGUGUGUCCCCGGGGACAUUUGAUGGAUUAAAGCUAAGCAGCUCCAUUUCGUAGCACCACCUGAUCUUCCACUGGCUGUGCCCCAUAUAAAGGCUGGCGUGAUUGCUGAUCUCAGCUAGUCUGACAGUCUCUCUUUCUCUCUCUCUCUCUCUCUCUCUCUCUCGCUCCCUGUUCUGUGCCUGUCUCCUUCUCUUCUCCUCUUCACUGGUACUUUAAACCCGGCUGCAUCACAGGAGCUAUCCAGUGCUGAACAGGAUCACUUUUAUUUAUCCAUUUGUCACUUUUUCUGGGGGACGCUGGGGGAGCCAGAGGGUACCACACAGCAUUGCGCUUUACCACUGGUUUUCUUUUUUUUUUUUUUUUUUUUUUUGUUAUUUUUUUUGGAAUCAUCUCAUAUUUUUGGCCGCUGCCUCCAUCACAAGGAUUACCCUCAAGCUAGCCGUGCUCGUGUGCUCCCUCAGAAGCUUUAUUUUUUUGCUCAUGCGUUUUCCGCUGCUCUGUGUUAUCAUCCACUGAAACAUGCCCCGCUCAUUUUUGGUGAAGAAGAUCAAAAUUGAUGAUUUCUCUUCAUCCAAUGCGGCCACCAACAAUCACCACCAGCACCUGGACGACUCGUUCACUUUCGCACGCUCCAUCACGGACUCGGUGACCAGCCUCGGCGUCCGUCUGAGUGAGAAUGGCUACAUCCAGGAUUACAUCACGCCGUCUGUAUACCGGGGGGAGAAGAAGAUGGAGCACAAGCUGGUGUCGGACCCGCUGUACACCCACGUGAGCAGCGGGGGCGAGUACUGCGACCCCGACCUGAAGCACCCUGACAGCCCCCAGUCAGGCAUGACUGCCAGCGGCUUCUACAGUGGCGAAUCGGAGGCCCUGGACGAGGGUUACACCAUGGAUGCCUUCUUCAUCUCCGACGGGCGCUCGAGAAGAAAGGGAGAUGGCGAGGGUCGCGAGGGGGGCUCGAGAAGCAGCAGCGUCAAUGCCACCCUGCAGGAGAGCGGAGUUGCUGGCACGGCUCGCCACACCUGCAACGAGUGCGGCAAGACGUACGCGACCUCCUCCAACCUCAGCAGACACAAGCAAACGCACCGCAGCCUCGACAGCAAAAUGGCCCGCAAGUGUCCCACCUGUGGCAAAGUGUACGUGUCCAUGCCGGCGUUGGCCAUGCACAUCCUCACCCACGACCUCAAGCACAAGUGCGACGUGUGCAGCAAGGCCUUCAGCCGGCCGUGGCUCCUCCAAGGUCACAUGCGUUCCCACACGGGGGAGAAGCCCUUCGCUUGCGCCCACUGCGGCAAAGCCUUCGCUGAUCGCUCAAACCUCCGCGCCCACAUGCAAACACACUCUGCCUUCAAGCACUACAGAUGCAAGCGCUGCAAUAAGACCUUCGCGCUCAAGUCCUACCUGAACAAGCACUAUGAGUCGGCUUGCUUCAAGGGAUCUGCGGACGAAGACGACUCUGGAUCAGACAACUAAUGGUGUGGAAAAUGCAGAAUUCUGAACCCCUGCUGCAGGUUCACGACCCCAGACCCCUGCUCGCUCUGCUCUCCAUGCCUAUUCUCUUCCAUUUUGUUGAAAGCAAUAUUUUCACUGAGAUUACGAAGAAGCUCUCACGGCAGCGGCAAAGACAAUUUCAGAAGAUGCUGGAUUAUUUUUCCCUGCACAGUAGCUAACCGUCCACAGACAACUA